GAGUUGGGUUGGGGUUUUUUGUCUUGUCAGACCUGCAGCAGUAACACAAACUGUCCUUGUCACUGGCUCUGUUUAAUGCUUUCUAAAUCUUAUUUUUAAAAAUUCAAACUAUUUUUAAUACCACCAAAUUCGCUUUAAAUUAAUGCAGUACAUAAAGGGAAAUUACACAAAGGAACCCUCAUACCUAAAGAAUCCUUUUCUUUCUCCACCAAGGAAGCCUCAGUUAAAUGAAUUACAAUUCUAGUUCAUCCAUCAGCCAGGAUUUGAUGAACUUUCUGUUUCUAAAGAGACCCUUCAGGGACUUCAAUUCUGAUUAAACAUUCUUCUUUCCAAGGGCCUGCUUUAUUCUCUUUUUUUUAGGUUGGGGAAACACAUUUUGAAUCUUUAGAGAAUGAAGGAAUGGUCAAACCUGGAGAGGAAAUUUCAUUCUGAUCUAUAUUUUCCCAAAUAAAUGUGAAGGUUGGACUUGUUCUUGGAGAUCCUUUCCAACCUUAAUGAUUCUGUGACAUUCCAGUUGGAAUCAUUUUGAUUGCUGCCUUAUUUUAUUCUUUCUUUAUAACAUCUCAUACUCAUUCCGUAGAUUUUUUUUCAGAAUAUUUUCCCCAUCCCAGAAAAAAAAAAACAAAACCCCAAACUAAAUCAGAAAAGACCCAGCCAGCUUUUGUUUCCCAAGGGGGAGGUGGAGCAGAUUGCCAUGAUGAAGCCCAAGGGGCAGACGGAGCACGACGAGGGAAUGCUGGAAUAUCUGGAGGAUUUGAUCGGGUCGGCGCGGCUCAAGGAGCCCAUCCAGACCCUGUGCCGCAGAGUGGAGCUGCUCAACGAGCGCCGCGGGGAGAAGUUAAAUCGAGUUAAAAUGGUGGAGAAAGAAAAAGAUGCCUUGGAAGAGGAUAAGAAUAAAGCCAUUGAGUUCCUUUGCUUGGAAAACCAGAUAUUUAAGGAAAAGAAUCAGAUGUGUCAGUAUUACAUCCAUGACCUAAAGAAACGAAUAAAUGACCUGGAAAUGCAGAAGGAGAAAAUUAAUGAAGAAACUAAAAGUAUUAAUGAGAAAAGCAGUAAACUUGCAGAGGAAACAAAAGCCAAGAAUAAAACUUUGAAAGAACUUGAGAAGAAAUUCAAUAAAAUUACAAAGUUCAUAGAGGAAAAUAAAGAAAAAUUCACUCAGUUGGAUUUGCAGGAUGUGAAAGUGAGGGAGAAUCUCAAACAUGCCAAGAGCAAGGCUAAAAAACUGGAGAAGCAGCUUCAAAAGGACAAGGAAAAGGUGGAGGAACUGAAGAACGUCCCCGCCACGAGCGCCAAAGCCAUCGAGGACGCCACGGCCAAGAAGGAGCUGCUGGCAAAGGACAAGGACAAGGAGGAGGCCAAGCUCAGGCAGGUCCUGGCCAGCCUGCAGGAGGAGACCAAGGGAAUUCAGAAGGAAAAAGAGGGCAAGGAGAAGGAGCUGAUGGAGUUCAGCAAGGAGGUGACCGAGGCCCGCUCCAGCAUGGAGCUCGCGCAGUCGGAGCUGGAGCUGUACCUGAGCAGGUACAACUCAGCUGUGGCUCGCCUCAGCCAGGCUCAGGAGGCCCUGCAGAGCACCUCCAACACCCUGAAGGAAAGGAAAGCUGCCAUCAGAGACAUCGCUGGGAAACUGCCCCAGGCUGAGCAGCAGCUCAAGGAGAAAGAGGAUGCUCUGGAGAAGCUGGGAAGGGAAGAAUCUGGGGCCAAGGAUCUCCUGCGAAACCUGCGCCGAAAAGUAGAAGAAGCCAAAAGCUCUUUAGCACAAAGUCGCAGCCGAGGAAAAGUGCUCGAGGCUCUGCUCCAGCAGAAGAAAUGUGGGAAUAUUCCUGGGCUCUAUGGAAGGCUGGGAGACCUGGGAGCCAUCGAUGACAAGUACGACGUGGCCAUUUCCUCAUCGUGUGGAGCCUUGGAUCACAUUGUUGUGGACACCAUCGACACCGCCCAGGCCUGUGUGAACUUCCUGAAGGCUGGAAGGAUUGGAGUUGCCACCUUUAUAGCCCUGGACAAGAUGGCUGUGUGGGAAAAGGAAAUGAAGAAAAUCCCAACUCCUGAGAACGCCCCACGUCUCUUUGACCUGGUGAAGGUGAAGGACCCAAAGGUUCGCCUGGCGUUCUACUUCGCUCUCAGGAACACUCUGGUGGCCAAAAACCUGGAGGAAGCCACCAGAAUAGCAUUCCAAAAGGAGAAAAGGUGGAGGGUGGUAACCCUGCAGGGACAAAUCAUCGAGGUGUCAGGAACCAUGACUGGUGGGGGAGGAAAAGUCAUGAAGGGCAGAAUGGGCUCCUCAGUUGUGAUGGAUAUCUCAGAAGAAGAGAUCAGCAAAAUGGAAUCCCAGCUGCAGAAGGAUUCCAAAAGAGCCGUGCAGUGUGAGGAGGAGAAAUCCCAGCUUGAGGAAGCCAUAAGGAAACUGCAGCAGGACAUUCGGGAAAUGAGGAACACCUCGGAGAAGUACACAGCGAGUAUCCAGGGUUUUUCUGAACAAGAAAUUGAUCUCAAAAAUCAAACCAAGGAACUCGAAGCCAACGUCGCUGCUGCUGCCCCAGACAAAACCAAACAGAAGGAGCUGGAAAAAGUCCUUGAGGGUUAUAAAAAAGAUUACGAGCGCGUGGCUGAGAAGGCCAAGAAGAUGGAGGAGGAGGUGAAACGACUGCACCAGCUCAUCAUGGACACCAACAACCAGAAACUGAAGGCUCAGCAGGACAAAAUUGAUAAAAUUGACAAGGAAAUAGAUGAAUGUUCCUCAGCCAUCACCAAGGCCCAGGUGGCAGCCAGGACUGCAGACAGGAACCUGAAGAAAUCCGAGGAGGCUCUGCAGCGCACAGAGAAGGAGAUGGAAGACAAUGAGAAGGAAAUGAAGAACUUGGCAGCAGAGCUGACAACGCUGGAGGACAAAGCCACCGAGGUGAUGAACGAGUGCAGGAACGCUGAGGAAGCUUUGCCAGCAGUGCAGGAGGAGCAGAAGAAUUUAGUGGAGGAGAUGAAAAUGAUUCGGGAUGCUGAACAUGCCCUUCAAAGUGAAGCUCUGAGCAUCAAGCUGAAAAUUGAACAAAUCGACAGCCACAUUUCCACCCACCAGGGAAAGGUUAAAUUCUGGCAAAAAGAGAUCUCCAAGUUAUCCCUGCACUCCAUCGAGGGCCAGGCCCCCGAGGAGCUGCGGGUGCUGAGCGAGGAGGAGCUGGAGGCGCUGCACGAGCCCGACGCGCUCAGCAAGAAAAUCGCUCUGCUGGAGGCACAGCGGCAGCAGCUCCGGCCCAACCUGGGCGCCAUUGCCGAGUACAGGAACAAGGAAGAGCUGUACCUGAAGCACGUGGAAGAACUGGACAACAUCACCAGCGAGAGGGACAAAUUCAGAGAGGCCUUUGAAGAGCUCAGGAAACAGAGGCUGAAUGAAUUCAUGGCAGGAUUUAAUGUCAUCACCAACAAGCUGAAGGAGAACUACCAGAUGCUCACGCUGGGAGGGGAUGCUGAGCUGGAGCUUGUGGACAGUCUGGAUCCCUUCUCAGAGGGAAUCAUGUUCAGCGUCCGGCCUCCCAAGAAAAGCUGGAAGAAAAUCUUCAACCUGUCAGGAGGAGAGAAGACCCUGAGCUCCCUGGCCCUGGUGUUUGCCCUUCACCACUACAAACCCACCCCGCUGUAUUUCAUGGACGAGAUCGACGCCGCCCUCGACUUCAAGAACGUCUCCAUCGUAGCAUUUUACAUCUAUGAACAAACCAGGAACGCCCAGUUCAUCAUCAUCUCCCUGCGGAACAACAUGUUUGAGAUUGCAGACAGAUUAAUUGGGAUUUAUAAAACCCAAAACACCACCAAAAGUGUGGCCACCAACCCCAAAAUCCUGGCUGUGAAAGGACUGAAGGAACUUGGUCUCCCUGAGUGCAGCGUAGCCCAAAAAUAGGGAGGAAGCAAAUUCCAGCCCAUGGCUGCUGUUUAUUUUUGUGUGAUCUCAAUUUGUAUUGUAGACUUCGUUUUGUUUUAUAAAUUUUGUAAAAAAAUUAUAUUCUUAAUAUAAACCCAGCCUCAAUAAAUUCCACUUUUUUGAA